UCCUCCCGUGUCCGCCAUCCUUGUGGCUUUGCAGAAGGGCACUGAGAGGCUGAAACAAGGGUGCCCGGCGAAGCAAGAACUUGGCACUUCAAAUUUUUUCAACCAUGCUGUCGAGAUUUGUUAUUCUCUCAGCCAACUCCCUGAAAGGCUGUGGCCCCAUUAGAGCUGGCUUGGUCCAUGGAUCUCGCUCCCUGCAUACAUCAUCCCAGAGUCUGGCCCCUCUUCCCCCUUUACCUGAGAAAGGAGGCAAAGUGCGACAUGGCUUCAUCCCAGAGGAGUUUUUUCAGCUGUUGUACCCCAAAACUGGAGUUACAGGGCCCUACGUGUUUGGCACUGGUCUCAUCACCUACAUGCUUUCCAAGGAAAUCUACGUGAUCAACCAUGAGACGAUUUCUGCUAUCUGCAUAGGCGCUGUCAUAGUUUAUGCUGUCAAGAAAUUUGGUCCAAGUGUUGCAGCUUUUGCUGACAAACUGAAUGAGGAGAAAAUGGCCCAAAUCCAGGAGAUGAAAGAUCGCUCCAUGUCUAGUCUGACUGAAGCCAUUGAGGAGGAGAAAAAGGAGCAGUGGCGAGUAGAGGGAAGAUGGAUGCUCUUUGAUGCUAAGAGGAACAAUGUCGCAAUGCUGCUGGAGACCAACUACAGGGAGAGGCUACACAUGGUGACCAAUGAAAUAAAGAGGCGCCUGGACUAUCAGCUCGCCCUUCAGCACCUCAACCACCGGCUGGAACAGGAGCACAUGGUCAACUGGUUGGAGAAGAGCGUCAUCGGCAGCAUCACUCCUCAGCAGGAGAAGGAGAGCAUCGCCAAGUGCAUCGCAGACCUGAAGGCGCUGGCUAAGACCACGCAGGCCAAAGCUACAGUCUGAACCACCAUGGCCCUAAAGAAAAGCCCUCAAAUCCUCGACUCAUAGUUCCAAGACGAGACGUCGCCUUUCUUUACAGAAAAAAACUAUUUCUCUUUAAUGAAGGUCUCUGUCAACAUUAUGGGUGUGUACAGUAUUUACACGUCAGCAGAUGGUAAAAUAAAUGGUUCUCUUAUCCAA